AUGACUGACUAUUACAACUUCGGAUUGAGGAGACUAAAGAAAUCCAGGAGAAACAGUGGGAUCCCACUGCAUUUCUUCAUACCAACUUUGCCAAACCCUGCGCCUUCCAACAACAGAUCUUUAUUCCCAUAUUCUCCAGCCAACCAGUCAGUGACGGUCCGCAGGCCUUUCCCUCUGUCCCAUGGAACAACAACCUUGGGUUUCAUCUUCCAAGGUGGGGUCAUUGCAGCUGCAGACACACGUGCCAGUGCUGGGGGGCUUGUUGCCUGUCCAGAGGUUCAUAAGAUCACCCCUAUUCACUCCCAUUUAGUGGUCACCUCCUCUGGUAGCGGUGCAGACUGCAUGCUGUGGGAGCGAAUUCUGACCCGAGAGAUCAGACUCUACCAACUGCGACACAGACGUUGCCUUUCAAUACGUGGCACUGCAAAGCUCCUCUCCUUUAUGCUGCACCCCUUUAAAGGGACUGAAGUGUGUGUGGCUCUUACACUGUGUGGCUGGGAUAAGGAUGCAGGUAACACUGACUGUACAAAGAUGUCAGAAGACUUAUCCUCUACUACUGAUGAUAGCUCCUCAGCUGUCUGUAGUAGCCAAGAUGUCACUGCAAUGGCACACUCUGCAUCCCCCAGCAGUGGCCCAAAGCUGAUAUAUGUGUGCAGCGAUGGAGCCCGAUUGCAGGGGGACAUCUUUUCCGUGGGCUCAGGCUCUCCCUAUGCAUAUGGAGUCCUGGAUAGAGACCUGAGGUGGAGCCUGAGUAAAGAAGAAGCCAUCUCCUUGGCAAGAGAAGCAGUGUUCAGAGCCACUCACAGGGACGCCUACUCAGGAAACAAUGUGGACCUCUUCCAUGUCACAGCCCAGGGAUGGAGUCAAAGAAAGAGAGAAGACCUGAAAGAGGAAUAUUAUAGAGACAUGAAGAGGAAGACAAAUAUAGUGGAGGGAUAA